CAAUGGCAUACUUUCACAGCUGCUUGACGUUUACCGCUAUUUAUGUUUCUUGACUAGCAUGCCCAUUCGGUAAACAUUAUUCAGCAGAACUUGCUCUGCCAAGUGGGUGGUGGUGUGGCAAGAUCAAUCGUAGCUAGCCGUCUAUCUAAAAUUCCACAGGUAUCCGUUUUGCUCUUGGAAGCUGGAGGAACCCCUCCUCUGUUGAGUGAUGUGCCGGCAGUUUCGAAGAUUUUCUCUGUCAGUGAUCUUACUUGGGGAUACAAAUCCACACCUCAAAAAUACAUUGGCGAAAGUAUUAUUAACAAAGUUACCAUGGCUCUGGAGGGCCCAUCACAGUUGAGAAACCUCGUUAUGAAUCGGAACUAAGGCGUGCAGCAAGAGACAGUGCACUAAGCUUAGGUUAUCAAUUCGUUGACAUUAAUGGUCCGAGACAAAUGGGACUUUAUGAUCAUCAAAGUACUAUUAGAGACAGCCAAAGAUGUAGCACUAACAAAGCGUAUUUAGCACCUGCAGACAAUCGCCAAAAUUUGGAUAUACUUACAGGAGAUUUGGCAACAAAGAUUAAUUUUGACGGCAAUCGAGCGGCAAGUGUAUCAUUCGACUAUGACGGAAAUUCCUACGAAGUUAGAGCUAGAAGAGAAAUUAUUGUGUCUGCUGGUGCUGUGAAGACACCGCAACUAGGGGGGAUUGUCUGGGAUUGGUCCAAUUACGGAACUGGAAAAAAAUAACAUUCCAGUAAUUGCAGAUCUUCCAGUUGGUCGGAACUUGCAAAAUCAUUGGUAUACUUUUAUGGGUUAUGAACUGUCCGCACCUAUUCAGAAGUUUCAAGACGCAUUGAAAGAAGACGACAAUAUCAUGGAAUACAUUAACAACAGGACAGGGCCUUUGGCACUGCCUGAAGGAAUACAUUUCGUCGGAUUUUUGAAUUCUCUGGAGACGAAUCCUGUGUCGGAUAAUCCUGAUGUCAGCAUUUAUAUUACACAUUUUGCAAGUUCCAUACCUAUUGACAAUCUCAAUCUUAAUUCAGAGGUCUUAGAGUUUUUCCGCCCGUACAGAGAGACGAAUACCAUAUCCUGUCAAAUGUCUAAUUUGUAUACUAAAAGCAUUGGGACUGUCACUCUAAAUUCUAGGAAUCCGUAUGAACAACCACUUGUCGAUUUAAAUGUCUAUUCAGAUGUCCAAGAUGCAGAAGAUCUAGUAGGAGCCUUGAAAGUGUGCAGAAACAUUAUGUCGACACCUGAGAUCAGGAGGCUGGGUGUGAGACCGUUUAACCAGUUAUUACCAGGAUGCCAACAGCACACAGACGAUGACGAAUCAUACCUCCGAUGCUACGUGAGAAAUAUUGUCAUGGAGGGAGCACAUGUCACAGGAACUGCAAAGAUGGGAAGUGCUCAAGAUCCGACUACAGUUGUUGAUCCUGAAUUGAGAGUAAAGAAUGUCGAGGGACUGAGAGUAAUUGAUGCUUCAGUGACGCCGAAUGUUCCUUGGGGAAACACAUACAUUCCAACAGCCAUGGUUGCAGAGAAAGCAUCCGAUAUGAUAAAAGCAACGUUACUGAGAGGGAAAAGAUGAAGAACACUAAACACUUCAUGUAAAUGAAAUAAUUAAAUUAAUAAAAAUUUAAAAUAUGAAGUUUACAUACUUGUUUUUCUUAUGUGGUCAAUAAGUGUUGAUGUUGUUUUUGAUGGGUUAUUUGCAGAUUUAUUGCAUUUCAACGGCGGUGGCAACUGUUUUUAGCCUACUUUCCCAGUAAAAGUUAUAGAAGGAAGAUAAAAGAAUGAAAAAAUGCUUAAUGCAGCUUACAAAUGUCACGAAAAACAAAAGAAAAAAAAGUCAAAAAUGAAUAAAAUAAUUGAAUAAAUAUUGAAAAACUAAAAAUUGGAAAGUAGGGCAUUGAGAUGGGAAAAAAUGUCUAUCUGUCUGUCACCCCCCUCGUCAUUCUUAUAUUUCAUUUUUUUAAACAAUUUUUCGUUCAAUUUUGAACAGUUCAAAAAAAAAAAAAAAAGCUUAACAUUAGCGCCUACGGGGAAACUGAAAAUGUAUAUAGAUUCCGAACUAGGCGGAUUUACUUUAAACAAAUUUUGUUGGAAACAGCUCUUGGCGAACAACUCCCGAUAUCGACUCCGAGAAUUUUGGGGCACUUGACUCCGACUCCGGCUCCUGUUUUUGAAAAUUAGUCGGAGUCCAACUCUCCGAUUGGUUGAAACUUCUAUGGUUCUUUGAACAGCAGUAAAAGUUUUGUUUAGCAAAACUGAAGUCUAGGCAC